AGGUAAUUAAUCUCUACGCUUCUCUCUCUGCAACUACUCCUUGAGAGCAUCUCUCUUUAGAAUAUCGAGUAUUGUUGAUUUGAGCGUCGGAGUGUUUUUCUCGAGGAAACAUUCUCGGGAUUUUCAGGUGUAGAGGCAAUUAAGGACUUCAACAGUGUUGGACUAUGAAGCUGCCCAAUCAUUUGGCGCCGUCUGUGGGAAACCUUGAACAAGAAGUGGUGUAGCUUAACUCGCUAAAAGACAAAAUGGCUCGUACCUUUACUGGAAGUCGCCCUCCAAGAAAUGAAAUAAACGAACAGGAGGACACACAACUGUCUGAGCUUGGCUUGAUUGAUUUUAGACCAAUGUCAAGAAACCUUUUCGUAGGGGGAGCAGAACAGGAUCAAUUAAGUGGAACAGAUGAUGAUGAGAGAACACCAACCAGAUAUGCAACUCAACUUGAACAGUUCCAAAUUCCAACAGGAACAAGGCAAAGACAUCCCAGACUGUACAAUUCACAACAUGAACAACCUGAAAGGUCAACUAAGCUUGCUCGGACAACCGAGCUCGAAGAGAGAACCAGAGUUCUCAAAAUGGCAAUGGCGUGGUCGGUUCCUAGACGACUGCUAGAAAACCCACCAAAGACGUGGAACGAAGUGAAUGACAGGUCGGCUAGCUUCAUACUGUCCGAAGACUUCCAAUCUUCCAAGCGACGAGUUGAUGAUAAGCAGAGCAAAAGCCAGGAACAACCACCGAGGAGAGAAGAAAAGAAAAAGCAGAAACACUGGGUUAGGAGACCCCCACCCCCACUGCAUGAUUCCCCAAGGGCAGAUAAGAGUAAGCAUUGUGACUACCAUCGUACUUAUGGUCACAACACAAAAGACCGCCAACAUUUGAAGGACGAGCUGGGGUUCUUAGCUCGCAAUGGAAAAUUAGAAGGAUAUGUGCAGAAGCCUUAUACCCAGCAACCAACUCAAACUCACUUCGUGCACGGGUAUGACCGACCUCAGGGGCAGAGGCGAGGACAAGGACAGAGGACUGCCGCCUAUAGCCAAAAAGAUAGGGAGGGGGUAAGCUAUGAUGGGAUCCCCCAGCCCCCUGAUACAAUAAACAUGAUCUCGAGAGGUAUUCAUUCGGGAGGCCAAAGCGCCCGUGGUCGCAAAGCAUAUGCUCGCCAGGUGAUGAUUGUUAAUAAGAACAGACCCUUGAAGCGCCCGUUUGAGGAAGCAGAAUGGGUAAAUGCGCCCAUUACAUUCAAUCCGGCCGAUUACAAGCGAGUAGAUGAAGGGCCCGACGUUAUGAUGCCUCAUGCAGAUCCCUUCGUGGCAAUGGUUCAUAUAGAACCACGCUUCAGGAUGGCCUCUGUUAGCUUCUUGGUCGUCAAGAUGGAAUCAGCUUUCAAUGCUAUAUUGGGAAGAGCCACCCUGUGUGAGUUAAAGGCUAUUAUCUCCCAACCCCAUCUCUGUAUGAAAUUCCCAACUCUUCAAGGGGUAGGAGUACUUAAAGGGAACCAGAAGAUGACCAGAGCUUGCUAUCAAGAUACGUUCAAAGAGGUUAAGCUCGCUGCAGCCCCAGCAAGUUCUGAAAUUCACAGGUUGACCCAGCUCAGUCAACAGACAAUGAGUAUAUUAGAUAUUGAGCACCGACCUGAGGGUGUCGAGCAGAAGGCAAAGCCGGUAGAGCCAGUGGAAACAGUUCCUUUAAACCCUGAUGUGCCAGAAAGAACAGUUAAGAUCGGCACCAAGCUCAUAGAAAAAGAGCGGGCAGAGCUUUUGGAGUUUCUAAGGGCUAAUCAAGAUGUAUUUGCAUGGACUACAGAUGAAAUGCCUGGCAUUCUAGCAGAGUUGACAGUCCACAAGCUCAGCACAGACCCCACCAAAAGGCUGGUGGUUCAGAAGCGUCGCCUUUUUGGCCUUGAGAAGCAAGCUGCCAUAGACGAAGAGAUACAAAAGCUACUACAGGCAAGCUUCAUCAGAAGAGUGGAAUACUCUAAGUGGGCAUGUCCAAAAGACCCUCAUCCCUUGCCAAAUGUGGAGAAGCUAGUCGAGCAGGUAGCUAGACACAAGCGGAUGAGCUUCCUCAACGCUGGCUCAAGGUACCACCAGGUGCAGUUGCUGUUGGACAAUCAAGAGAAAACAGCUUUUUAUGCUGGUGAUGCAAUCUACUGCUAUGUCAUGAUGCCAUUUGGCCUAAAAAAUGCUGGCACAACAUAUCAGAAGUUGGUGCAAAUCAUCUUUAAGCUCCAGAUCGAACUUGCGCUAAACCCAAAUGAAACUGAAUCCCCUGAAAUGCACGUUCGCUGUAAAAUCAGGAAAUUCCUAGGAUACGUGGUAUCCAAGAAAGGAAUUGAGGUAAAUCCGGAGAAGGUUCAAGCCGUUCAGCAGAUGGAGCCGCCCAGGACUGUAAAAGAUGUGCAGCGUCUGACGGGUCAUGUUGCUGCGCUACAUAGUCAGCAGGCGUUUGACAAGCUCAAACAAUAUCUAGCAUCAGCACCCUUGUUGUCCAAACCUAUGGAGGGGGAGAGUUUAUACUUGUAUCUGGGGGUUACGGAGGAGGCGGUGAGCUCGGUCCUACUCAGAGAAGAGAAUAAGAAUCAGAAGCCUAUCUGCUAUGUGAGCAAGGUUUUACAAGGCGCCGAGCAGAACUAUCCACUAGCAGAAAAGGCUGCUUUUGCCCUUAAACCGAAACUCUCUGGUCGACUUAUCGAAUGGAGUGUCGAGCUGAGUGAGUACGACCUCAAAUUUCAGCCGCACACAACUAUAAAGGGCCAGGUUGUGGCAGAUUUCCUGGUGGAGUGCAUCUCGGCGACUGUGGAAAAAAAGGCACCCGAACACCCAGUCUGGGUCUUGUAUGUUGAUGAAGCUGCUAAUGUUGAAGGAUCGGGUGCUAGGGCUGUGUUAGUGGGCCCAGAUGGCUUUAAAUCCGAACACACACUGAGGUUUAAGUUUCAAACAACUAAUAAUGUUGCAGAAUAUGAAGCCCUCAUUUACAGAUUGAAGCUGGCGUCCGAGCUAAAGGUAUAGAGCAUUCAGGUUUUUAGUGACUCUCAGCUCGUUGUGGGCCAAGUGAAUGGCAGCUGUGAAAUUAGGGAUCCCCAGCUUGGUCGCUAUGCCUCUGCGGUCAACAGAUUGAAGUGAAGAUUUGCCUCCUUCUAGAUCAACAAUAUACCCAGAGCAGAUAA